UUUCCAAAGCAGACAACCCUCGGGACGGACUGCAGGGCGCAUUUACUCGGGCUGUUGGAUACCUUCUUACUUUUGAACGCUCGUUAUUUGACUGAGAGUGGCGAAACAGCGACGUUAUUGAUCAUGGGAGCGACACCAUCCGUGCAGCGGGACGCGAAGAGCCCUGAAGAUGCGCCGGAGGACGUCAGUGCACCGCUCAGCGACGCUCAUGAUGGAGAAACCGCAGAUGGCAAGCCUCUUCAGAAGAAUGGACAGAUCUCUAUUUCCAGUCUUAAUGGGAAAACGGAUGAUCAGACAGAGUAUAAUGGCCACACCGAGGAGAACCCUCCGGCUGAGGUUGGUCAAACGGACACCAUCUCCCCAAAAGAAGACAGCCCUGAAACAAUAGAAGUGCACCAGGAAGAGGUUGCCCCUCAAAUGAAUGGAGAGAAGGGAGACGAUUCUGCAAAUGCAGAUGAGAUUACAACUGCUGAAGAGAAGGUGGUAGAGGAAAAACAAGAAGAGGCCAAUGAAGUGGGCUUCAAGAAGAUUUUCCGUUUCGUUGGAUUCAAAUUCACACUGAAGAAAGACAAGAAUGAGAAGACAGAGCCUGUGCAACUGCUGACAGUGAAGGAAGCAGAGGGUGGUGCUGAUGCAGCCACUGAGGAAAAGAAAGAGGAACCUGCACCAGAGGAGGACAGGUCUGUGGAAGAAAAAUCACCAGAAACCACAGAAAAUGAGGCCAAAGCUGAAGAAGUAACUGAGAAGGCAGAGGAACCAGCAGAACAAACUGUAGUUGAUGCCCCAUCAGAGACAGAAAAGGUCAGUGAUAUUGAAACUGAAAAACCUGCUGAAGAAACAGGGACAAUAUCAGAGAAAGAACCAGAGCCAGAAGUGCCAGCUGAAUCGCCCACAAGCCCACCCUCUCAGGAGACACAAAGUCCCUUUAAGAGAUUUUUUACUCAGGGAAUCUUUUCUAACCUCCGAAAAAAGGCAAGCUUCAAAAAGCCCAAAGAUGAGGAACAUGUCAAAGAAAAGCCUGCGGAGGAGGACAUUAAGGAAACUGAGGAAACAGCAGAGGGUGUUCCCGAGGCUACAGAAGAAGCUAAAGUUGAUGCUGAAAAUGAACCAGCUGAGGGUGAGCAGAUAGAGAAACCAUCUGAAACUGUUGAAACUAAAGCUGAAACUACCACUGAAACGACGGCUGAAACAACCAAUGAAGUUACUCCCACUGAGAAAGAAGAGCAACAAGAUCUUAAAGUAGAGGCUGAGGCUACAAGUGAAGUUGAAACUGUGACUCAUACUGAACCUGCUCAAGCUCCAGCUGUUGAAACAACCCAACCCACUGAUGAUGCAAAAACAAGUGACAAGCCAGAUAUUUCAGAAGAGGCUCCCACUGAACCUGAAAUCCUGUCAUCUCAAGAGAAAUCAAAAGCUCAUGGAAGCCCACUUAAGAAGCUGUUUACAGGAGCAGGUCUAAAAAAGCUCUCAUCCAAAAAGCAUAAGAAUAAGAAAGAUGCAGAGUCAAAGCAAACAGAAUCAAGUGAACAAACUGCUGAAACAGUCCAGUCAACUGAGUCCACGGAACCCCAGAAACCUGACAGUGGAGCAUCUUCUCCAGAAGAAUCUGGUGAACAUGUUGUAGGGGAAGUAGCUCAAGCUGAGGUGGCCCAAGCAGUAGAGCCUGAUGGUGAUGCAGUCACUUCUGAUGGUGAAAAGAAGAAAGAAGGAAUUUUACCUUGGUCCUCUUUCAAAAAACUAGUCACUCCAAAAAAACGUGUCAAAAGGCCCUCUGAGAGUGAAGAUGAAGCACCUGGAGACAAACCCAAAUCUUCUACCCUAUCUUCAACAGAGAGUGCCAUCUCUGAUGAGAAAGCUGAUGAACCUAAACCAUCAGAGGAGGUACCAUCUAAAGAAGAGCUUAAAGAAGAGGCUAAAGAAGAGUCACAGGCAGAAUCUAAGACAGAACCAAAAGCUGAGAAGUCUGAAUCUGUUGCAGAAGAGCCAAAGAGAAAAAUGGAUACAUCUGUGUCCUGGGAAGCUCUUAUUUGUGUGGGGUCAUCUAAAAAAAGGGCCAGAAAGACUUCUGAUUCUGAUGAUGAAGAAGCUAAAAUUGAAGAAGAAGUGCAGCCAUCAGAAGAAGAGCCGAUAAAGACUGCUGAGUCCCCUCUUGUAAGCUCUGGUGAAGCUGACCAUGAGAAUUUAGCUUCUUCCCCUGAACCAGAGGGAGAACUUGUCUCUACCUGGGAGUCCUUUAAGAGGCUGGUAACCCACAGAAAGAAAGCUAAAGCAGAAGACAAAUCUGAUGAAGCUUCAGGCCCAGAACAGACAACCUCUGACAGUGAAACCCCAAAAGAAGAGUCCUCUUUCUCUUUGAGAAAACUGAUUCCACGCAGGAAGAAGAAGUCUAAUGGUAAGCAAGAGCAGGUAUCAUCUGACGUCGGCUCUGCAGAGGAUGACUCUGAUACUCCAGCUGUGGUGCCUCUUUCAGAAUAUGACAGCGAACCAUCUGCAGAAGCUGCAGUUAAGGCAGAGGAGGUAAAGCAGGAGUCUGCAACAGUCACUCAGGCAAAGGCCUCAGCUGAAGAUCGAUCACCAUCUUGGAUCUCAACCACUGUAGAAAAUGUUGAGGAUGAAACAGAGGGAAACCAAUUAAGUGAUAUACCUGAAGAAGGCGACACAGCUGCCACACCUAAAUCCACUGACAACACCAUUGCAGAGGACAUUGUGGAGCUUACAUCAGAAGCUGUUACAGCCCUUGAACAAGUAGAAGAGACUGAAAUGGUUUCUGCUGUUUCACGUGUUACAGCAUCACCAGAUACAUCAGGCGAGACAACCCCUGUCCCUGGUGAUGGUGUAGAGAGGAAGACUGAUGUAGUUAUUCAAGAAGCUGUGGAAACUAUCAGUGUUACCACAAAUGCCAUGGCUGUCACUAUGACAGAGGAACAGGAAACAGUAGUUGCCAUCACCACUGAUGCUCUUCUGGUUGAGUCUGCCACCAAAGAACAGAAAACAGUCUUGGUGGCGCAUGAGAAAAACGAGGCAGUGGCUGUUUGCACUGGCCUUGACACUAGUGAGAUAAGGGCAGUGGAGGAAGAAAGCCUCAAUCAGAAGCCUUCAGUAGAGUCAGCCACUGUUGUUAGCCAGCCACUAGUCACAGAGGUGGCUGUUGAAGAAAAAACACAGGAGCCUGAAAGGGUUACUGUGACUGAGGAUGAGGUCCAUGAGGCUCAAACUAGCGGAGUUCAGGCAGAGCUAAAAGAUCAGCCCAUAGAAAAUGCAAUUGAAGAGAAAGCGCAGUUUGAGGAGAUUAAAGACACUCCUAUAGCAGAAACUGUGGCUGAUAUCCAUGAAGUAGCAGCAGUUAAAGUAGCGGUGAUCAGUGCUGUGCAACAGGAACCAGAAAUCCUUGAAGAGCCAGUGAUGGCAGAAAAGUCCCCUGAGAUUGAGUCUGCAGGUCCUGUUGAAGCAACUGUUGAAGAGGCAAUCUGUGCUCAAACUGCAGAAGUCACUGAAGUUGCUGUUGCUGAAGGUGAGAAAGUGCAAGAACUUGAUGAUGUUAAAGAGACUGUUGCCACAGUUGAAGUUGCAUCUGUAGAGAAUGUUUCCACAGCCGUUACCGAGGAGGUCAUGGCAACUCUUCCAGAGGUACCUGCUUCUCAAAUUGCUGGAUCUACAGAAGAUCCAAUUCCUGUUGUCGCUGCCACUGAAGAAUUUGCAGUCAUCAAAGAGACCAUCUGUGUUAGCUCAAUAUCUGAGACAACAGAAUCCCAUUCAGCAGAUAUAGCUAAAGAAACUCUUAUGGAAAAUGUUCCUGUUGUUCUUUCCACUGGUGACCACAAAAUACAAGUUGCAGUGAAUGAGGUUGAGGUUGUCGCUGCUCAAGGUGUAGUUGAGGGAAACAUUGAAGCAGCUUCAACAAAACUUAGUGUUGCGCUUGAGGAAGUAACUGAGAAUGUAAAAGAAGAAACCGAAGUAAUCCAGGCAACCCAAGUAACAGAAGCAGAAAUCAUUGAAAAACAGAGCAGUGUUAUUGUACAAGAGAUCAUUCAAAAUGUUGUAGAAAACUUUGCUGAGGCACACGGCGAGCAAAAUGUGUUUGAGAAGACUACUGAGGAGAGCUGUAUCACAUCAGCAGAAGUCAAAGUUAAUGAAAUCUCAGUGGAAACAACUGAGGAAGGAUCAAGUUCAGACAAGCUAGCAGCAUCCGACAAUGUCUGCAAAGAUGUUGAAGAAACUCGCAUUGUCACAGAGAAACCCCCUAAAAUAGUCAAUGAAGCUAUUCAGAUUGCAGAAACAGUGCCGGUCUCAAUCACAGAUGAAAUAAAAGCGCAGAAUGAGGAGGUCGCUUCAGUCUCGGUGGCAGAUGUGCAUCAAGAAACAGAGGUAACAAAAAGUGAAGUCGAACUAAAGCAAGCAGAAGAGAAAAGUCAGAGCACAAAAAGUGAAGAAGGAAAAAGUAAAGUUGAGUCUGAUCUCAAGGAAGUGCAAGCAGAAAUCCAGCAAGAGAUAAAAGCUGUACCAGAAGAAAAGACGGCAGAAACAUCUGUUACAGUUGCAAGUCAAGACCAGGUUGUUGCUGAGCAGUGUCAAGUAACACUGACAGCUGUACAGAUUGAGACUGCACAGGAAUUUAACGUUGGUGUCGUAAAUGUUAUAAAUGCAGAUGAUGUACCUGAGACUAACAUGAAAGAAGACUGUUCAGAGGGUCAGGAAUCAACAGAAGACAGGCCUCAAAAUGACUUGGAAGAACCUCAGACCAAGGUUUCAACAAACCAGGAAGAUUCCAGAGGUCCAGACUGUCAAAAGACAGAUGCUAAAAAUGUUCCUGCCAAACUGGAGGCUGCUUCAGAGAUGACAUCAAAUGCCACUGCAGCGGAGGAGGUUGGGAAUGAGAUCGAGCCUGUCUCCACAGAGGUUGUCACAGUGUCAUGAGCAGUCGGCCUGUAAAAGCAGUCAUGUGACUGGGACACACAGAGCUUUUCGGAAAGCAGGAAGUGAGUGGCGGCCAUUAAGGACACUAGAGACUGUGCUCUGUCCCAAAUCCCAGAGCAAGAGACUAAAGGCCAAUCUCCCUUCUCUCUAUCAUUCAUCCCUCUAUUCCUUUCUUUCCAAAUCCACAAUCACUCAGCUGCCAUAUCAUGAGGCCUCGUGCCACGCUGGAUUCAUCGAGGGAUGUCUUCAACUCUCACUUUUCCUCUUUUGUUUUGUCUUCAGAUAUCUAUAACCUUUAUGAUGAACAUUUUAAUUUUUAUUAUUUUUAUCUGUUCUGAAAUGAGAGAAUAUGUACGUGUGGUUCUUGUAUGGGUGUGUGGGGUGUCGCAGUAGGAGGGUUGUUAUUUUAUUUUUUGUAUAUUGUAUUUAUCUAAAAUAUUCUCUCAACCCUCUCCAACACCUUCGACCCUUCUAAAAAACAUCAAGUCAUGCUGGUGUAAAGCUACACAGUGUUAUUUAGACAGGUAAUUUUAACAAACAUGGUACAGAUACACCUUUUACAGCUGUAGCAAACGAAAAAGCGCAUAAAUGCAGUGGCUGUAAUGUGAAAAUGAGGUAAAACUCAGCGAACGCUGAAACAAUAUCCAGCCAUUAUCAUCUCUGUAGAUAUCAGUCCGUCCCUUACUGUGAAAUUUAGUCUUUUUAUUAUGUAUAUUUAUCAUGUACACAUGAGCGGUUUCACCAUUGAUGAGUGACAUUUGAAUUAGGUUUUGUUUUUAUUGGUACCCUUUGUGAAAACAGAUGAUGAUAAAAACGCCUGCAUGAGUAGGGAACAUUUAGAAAAGGACAUUUUAUUGUCUUUAGCAUACAUGUGCACUUCACUGUUUGACGGCCUUAGCGAAAUGCAUGUUUCAACACCUAAAAUGCACCAGAGGUUAGAAGAAAACUGAGAAUUGCAUUACCACCAUCAACACAGUUGCACAUGGUUUUCAUUCACAGAUAAGUGGGUAAUAGUGUAGAAUUUUAUUUUAUCAUUAUAGUUUUUUACAUUUCUAAUUUCUGUUUCAAAGACUGUUAUUUUAUUGAAGGUCAUAGUAGAUGCCUUAUUGUCAACCUCUCUGAAAAUGCUAUAGCCAUACCUGCAUACAGGAUGAUGGGGACGUGUUUUCAAAUAUAUCUUGUGACAGUUGUUGAUUAUUUGGAUGUGGAAAACUCCUAUAAAGAUGUUUAGUUUUUUUGGAAAUACAUUUGCCAAAAUUCAGUCACUCUAAAUGUUUAGAAAGUUUGCAAAUGUCAGACUGCAUAAGCUUCAAUUGAAAGAAAAGAAACAAACAGCUCUGCUACUGUCACGCUUUUGAAUGAACAAGUCACAUUUUUUCUUAGCUUUUUAUAAUACAGUCUACUGUGAAGCUCUUUAACAUUUGUACAAAUUGUAUACCUAUGUUCCUUAAGUCAUAUUGUAAUAUUAACAAAAUAACCAAUGAAAGCAUUAAGGAAUGUUAUUUACCAGUAGCAUGAGCCUCACCUCUUUUUGUAUUCUUCAAGCUGUUAAUAGUAUGGAUACAAAAUCAUGUCUAUAUUUCAUUCAAAUAAAGCUAGUGUAAAUCAA